GGAAGGCGGGGUGCAGAGGUGCCGCCGCCGCCGCCAGCCCAGUCGGGAGCGCGCGAGGCGCCGGGAGAUAGAGAACCAGAGCUAGAGCCGCCUACCUGCAGCCGCCGCCCACGGCCGGGCAGCCACCAUGGCGCUUCUGCUGCGCUUCGUGCUCCUGUGCGGAGUCGCGGAUUUCACCCGAAGUUUGAGUAUCACGACUCCUGAACAGACAAUUGAAAAAGCAAAAGGGGAAACUGCAUAUUUGCCCUGCAAAUUUACCCUUAGUCCAGAGGACCAGGGACCACUGGACAUUGAAUGGCUGCUAUCACCACCCGAUAAUCAGAAGGUGGAUCAAGUGAUUAUUUUAUAUUCUGGAGAUAAAAUAUAUGAUAACUACUAUCAAGAUCUGAAAGGACGAGUACAUUUUACAAGUAGUGAUCUCAAAUCUGGUGAUGCCUCAAUAAAUGUCACAAAUUUACAGUUGUCAGAUAUCGGCACGUAUCAGUGCAAAGUGAAAAAAGCGCCUGGUGUUGCAAAUAAGAAAUUUCUGCUGACAGUUCUUGUUAAACCUUCAGGUACAAGAUGUUUCAUUGAUGGAUCAGAAGAAAUUGGAAAUGACUUUAAAUUAAAAUGUGAACCAAAAGAAGGUUCACUUCCAUUGCGAUAUGAAUGGCAAAAAUUGUCUGACUCCCAGAAAAUGCCCACCUCAUGGUUAGCAGAAAUGACUUCACCUGUUAUAUCUGUAAAAAAUGCCACUUCUGAAUACUCUGGGACAUACAGCUGUACAGUCAAAAACAGAGUGGGCUCUGAUCAGUGCCUGCUGCGCCUAGAUGUUGUCCCUCCCUCAAAUAGAGCUGGAACAAUUGCUGGAGCUAUUAUAGGAACUUUGCUUGCUCUCGUGCUCAUUGGUCUUAUCAUCUUUUGCUGUCAUAAAAAGCGCAGAGAAGAAAAAUAUGAAAAGGAAGUUCACCAUGAUAUCAGGGAAGAUGUGCCUCCUCCAAAGAGCCGAACAUCCACUGCCAGAAGCUACAUUGGCAGCAAUCAUUCAUCCCUGGGAUCCAUGUCUCCUUCCAACAUGGAAGGGUAUUCCAAGACUCAGUAUAAUCAAGUACCAAGUGAAGACUUUGAACGUGCUCCUCAGAGUCCAACUCUUCCACCCGCUAAGGUAGCUGCCCCUAAUCUAAGUCGAAUGGGAGCGGUUCCUGUGAUGAUUCCAGCACAGAGCAAGGACGGGUCCAUAGUAUAGAGCCUCUUACCUCUCUUCUUUGUUCUCAAUAUUUUUUUUCUUCUCUUGAUAUAUUAAAGCCUAUUCUAGUCUAAAUUUUGUUACCAGUCUCAAAAAAAAAGUUAACCAGAAACUGUAAGAAAUAUGCUUCACAAAAUUUUAUUUGGUUAUACUGAAACAAUAAAAUCAUCUGUAGUUAGUAAAGACAAAUUCAUCAUCUGGAAAAAGGUGGAUUUUUUAAAAGAGGUUGAUUUUAAAGGUAUCUGAAUAUUAAUACAUAAGUAAGAUGUAGCACUUUGAAUAUUAAAUCAUAGGUGAAGAAAUUUGUGAACAUACAUGCAUACCAAGUUGGUAUUUGAAUCAUCUAAAGUGGCAAUUUAUAAUUUCUACCAUUAUUUUAAAGAUGUUUGUCUCAUUUAUUUAUGACUCAACAAUGUCCCCCAAAUUAGUAAAGAAAUAUUGUCUAUGGCCAUACCAUCCUGAACAUGCCUGAUCUUAUCUGAUCUUGGAAGUAAAGAAAUAUCCAUGGCAAAAAUACUCAUGUAUGUUUUUACUUGUUUUUAUAACCUCUGUGAAAAUGUUAAAGAUGUUUGGAAUAUCUCUAAUAACAGAAAACACUACAGCGUUUUAGAAAUGACUAGUUUUUUUUUUAUUGCUAAGUUAUUCAUAAGCCUUGUGUAGUCAAUUAUUUUUAAAUUUAAUUGAUAGACUGCUACAGGCAAUAGGAGCAUCAUAACCUCUUUUAUAUGCUCAAGAACAGAAGCAUCAACAAAUUCACUUAGAACAUUUGCUUCAGCUACAUAUAGAGUUGGCACCAUUGGUCCAAUAGCGGGGGUACAUUUUAAGUGUUGAAUGAUCUGAUACCUUGAGGCCUGUGGGCAUCUGUAUGUGGUGACCAGCUAGAUCCAGAUGUAUUUCACAGUGUCCAACUAAACACUGGCUCUCCACUUUAGGUGAUGUUUUUCUAAUAAGAAAAUAUUAUAAUUCAUUUAUUAUUUGACAGUUAUAAAUGAAAAUGUCCUAAUUAUUGCUACUAAAUUUUAAAGUGGUAUUUUGUUUGCUUUGGUGUAUUUUUUUGUUUUGGGUGGUAUUGCAUAUAAUAUGUACUUGAAUGCAAUUUCCGGAGUGUAUUUUCAUCAUAGACUCAGAGGUUCAAUACAUUUUACACAAAUAAGGAUCCUCCACCAAUGCUGUAUUGCAGACUUGGGAGGACAUAUAGUUACUGUUGUGUGGCCAAACAUGUCUUUGUGUAGUUUCAGCAAAUCAAGUUGAACUUUGAAAAAAUUUGUCUGAAGUUUUGUGAAAGCAAUUUAUUCUUGAAAAAAGAAAAGAAAAAGGAGUCAAGGAAAUACUCCUGCCUGCCAAAUGUGUUAAAUACUGUUUAAGUAGAAGAAAGUGAAUUUAUUGUAUUUCCCUUAAGAUUGUGAGGGAGUGUGCAUAUAGUAGAAUGAGCCAACAGUUUCAUAGUAAAUAAGGUCUGUAAUAAAUUAUUUCAUUAGCUCUAAAGCCUUUUCCCUAGAUUUUAGUAGGGAGUUGGUUUCUGUUAAUCUCUUUGGGUGCUUUGGGUGCUGUGGUGGUAAAUGCUACAUUAUGAAUUAAUGUUGGCAUGUAUUCACAAUUAGGCAGAGUGUUGUGUAUACUUUUUAAUGGUAAACUUAAGCUGAAUGUCUGCAUAAUGGGUUAGUGUACAGUUUUACAUAUUUGGAAACAUUUUUAAGUAGAUUUUUAACCUUACAUAAAGUUGCUUUUUAUACUUCUGUUAACAUCUUCAUCUGUGCCUUUUUGGGUAAUUUAAUUUCUAUCAUGACUUUCUGGUGCCUAUGAGCUAGCUAUCACCUACCCGAAAGGUGCUUAGAGGUGAAGGUACUGUUUUUGAAAACACAUCACUGUGACACCUUUUAAUCCUCAUUCUUUGAAUCUUGCCUCUCCCUCUCUGUUCUUUUUUGAUGUCACUUAAGUAAUUGUGUUCUUCAUAAAAAUUUAAAAACUUUUAACAUUCCCAAUACUCUUUGACUGUGUUUCUGAUUUCGUAACAGUAGUUAUUUUUGAAUGCCAGAUGUUUGACUUGUUUUAUAAAGAUAUUAUAAGACUAAAACAGAACACAAACUUUAAUAACAAAAUAGUUUUGACCUGUCCAAUUUCUGAUUUUAUGCUAUCAAUCAAAGGAGAAAUUAUUGUAGAAAGUAGACCUGUGUAAGAUUUUCCUUCUGUUAAACUCUAUAUUAGAUUUGACUAUAAGUAAAUCAGAAUCUCUUCUAGAAAGUAUUUUAGUUCAGAUCCUGAGCAGACCUUUCAGGUAUGAUUAGGUUUAAGAGGACCCAGCUCAGUUUUAGACUUACUAUUUCUCCAUUUACUCUUUUAGUGUAAAUUUCACUUGUUCCAAAGGUCAGGUAGUAUGAGUAAUUUCCCAAAUAAUUCUCACUGAUAAUUUUAAUUGAACCAGAGAUCAACUUUUAUUCUAGAAUUACUACUCAAUGAUCAAGCAGUUCAAUAAAAAAAUUAUUAAACUAUUUGAACUAGAGUGUCAAUAAUAUUAGUCAAGGACAAUACUACAUCUUUAAAGCAAAACUGUUAGAUUCCACUUUAUUCCUGAGAGAUUGUAGUACCAUCUUUUAAAGUUACAUUGGAUAAUUUGAAGAGAAGUGAUACUGUAGAUUAAUAUGGCUCUGUGUUUUGAAUAUGGAGUUUAUAGGUAUUCUCAUUAUUAUUGACUGAUAUUAAUAUUUCCCUGUUAGAAAGCCUUCCCCGCCCACCCCCCCCAAAAAAACCAAAAAAACAGAAAAACAAAAAAAACUCUUUGAUUAUACUCACCAGUUAUUCUGGGCAAUUUUUUCCUUUACAUUUAAGUUGUCUUCCAAGGAUUUGUUACAGUGGAAACACAGCCUGAGUGUAUUGUAGGGAGAAGUUAAUUGAAAACUUCAAAAUCCAUACAGAUUAUGGAUACAAAGAAAUAUCUGAAUUCUAUUUAAAAGAUAAUUUUAAAAAUUUUCCUGAGUCCUGGAAAUCUGGAUCAAGUAAAGGGGCAAGUAAACAUUUCGAUUAAAUAUAAGAAAAACUCAUUGCAUGAACUUGGCUAUCAAAUUAUGUAAUAUGUGGCUUAUUAAAAUAACUAUUCUCAGUCUGUUUUUGUGUGCGUGCAGCAUGUAAGUUUGAAGUUAUGUGAAUGUUUAUAGUUUUUUUUUCUAAUUCUCAUUUCAACAGUGUUUAGGGCUUUCAGAUGCCUUAUUCUAGUGUAAACAGGAAAAGUUCAUAUUUUUUGUGGUUAAUACUUUGAUGUGUCACAUAUGGAGUAGUUUGUAGAAAACGUUGGCACAAUUUUAGAUUUUCAGUGGCUUGUGACAUAUAUUAUAUAUAUAUGUAUAUAUAUUAUCUUUAUAACGUUUCCGUGUUUAGUAGUAUAAAUGUUCUGGGCAAGUUUUAAUAUUUCAAAUGUCUUUGGAUAUUCCAGCAAUAAAGGCAACAUGUUCUGCAAUAGAAUUUCAUACUUGUUUGCCUGCUUCAACACUAAAAUAGUCUGUAAUUGAGCACAAACUCCUUUUAUAAUUGUUAUAGAAGCAGGGAAGAAUUAUAAAUAAAUUCUGUGAAUUGUGGUUCUGUUUAUUUCUCUUUAGGGAAGGCCGAUCAUUUAUCUUAUGGAUGUUAACAUUAGUCUGUUAAAAUCCAAUUUCGCAAAAUACAUAUUCAAUUUAGUAAUUUAAGAAGAUAUUUAGUAUAAGUUGUGUUUGGUUUCAGUCACGGACUCUAAAGGUUCCAUCAAAAAAGAGCUUUAUGUUUUCUGCUAACUUGUUUUUUAACGGCACAAGUGUUAAGAGAACCACAAUUCACUGAUCACUUAUUCUUGUCCCUAACUGUGAAUUUUAAUGGUAAAUACACUUGUACUACUGAGAACUAUUUUGACACUUCACAUUUGCAAAAUAGAGCAUUGGUAGUAUCAGUUUCAGAUUUUAUAUUUAAAAUUUCUGGCUUACAUAUCCAAUGGUGCAGAUUUUGAAAUUUGUAAGAAAAAAACUUGUUUUAAAAACCAAAAACUUGCUCUUAUAGUUUUGUGACCUUGUGUACUUUUGAAAUAAAACCAAGAAAGCAGU